CCCCCAACCCGCCGGGCCUCUUCGGUCGGUUUUCGCGCGAGGGCCCGCGCGCGCGAGCGCUAGAGUCUGUCAUCGACGUACUAAGGUAAGUAAUUUUGUACAAAGACAAGACUGUCACAUACUUUUGUAUAUAUAGUAUGUAUCCCGAACCGUCCGCUUUGUGACCGCCCCUCGCGGGAAUUCCACGAUCGUAAUAUUAGUAGAGGGCAAUGCCGCCGAGAGCCCUUCUAAUUCCUCGCCUCCCAUCUCCAGCUCCAGCGCCUCAUCCUCGACGACUCCCUCGCGCACGCCGCCCUCUCCUCACGCUUCGUAGCAGUAGCCACGGUGGCGGUUCCGGCGCAUCAUUGACAUCUCUCCCACCGUCCACAAGAAGAAGAAGAAGCACUCUCUCGCCAACGCACUCGCUGCGUCUCAGCUUCACGCCUUUACAGCACUCGACAGCUUCACGCAGAUUGUCGUCGCACGCUUCGUCCAGCAUGGGCCGCCAGGCCGCAGAGGAUCCGAGAGCGGACGCCGACGCCGACGCGCAGAGGAAGGCGGCAGAAACACCAGCGGCGUCGGUAGAGGAGGGACAGGCAAAGGCAAAGGAAGAAGACCUCGCGCCGCUGUCGGACCACGACUUUCGGAUAUACAACCAGCUCGCCGAGCGCAUGGACUCUUUUCACAACUACUUCCGCCAGUCCUGGACCAUCCUCUGGUCCGCCUGCACCUCCACCCCCACCACCACAGCCAUCGACACCGACGAGCUCCUCUACACCGGCCUCUCCCUCGCCUCCCACCUUUCUGCCCACCACUCCAUCGAGGAGACGUACGUCUUCCCCCACCUCGCCGCCCGCAUGCCCGAGUUCGACCCCCGCGCCGGCCCCAUGGUCGAGCAGCACGCCGCCAUCCACGCUGGCCUCCACGACUUCGAGACCUACCUGCGCCGCUGCCAGCGCGGCGAUGAGGAGCUCGACCUCGCCCAGCUGCGCGCCCGCAUGGAGGGCUGGGGCCAGGUCCUGUGGGCGCACCUCGACGAGGAGGUGCGCGCGUUGGGCGCGGAGAAUAUGAGGCGCUAUUGGACGAAGAAUGAGAUUAUGCGAUUGCGCAUGUGAGCCCCCUUCAACCGGCGUCGGGCACGGACGAGAAGGGGAAACUACGUUAGACGACUUGGAGUCUCAUGGUGUUUUGGGCUCUUGCGCAUCCCAUGAGGUGGAGAGUCGCGGUUCUUGAUACCAAACGCGGCUCGAAUCGUCGCCGCUCAUGAUGAAUUUGGAUAGAUGGUAUACUUGACCCAGACGCACGAGCUAUUGUAUACAAUACACUCAGCGCCCAACUGUCGCCACAUGAAAAACA